AUGUUGCGACCCUUGAUAUGGUCUGGCAGAAGCUGCUCAAUCCAAUUUCUUGCUUGCAGUCUUUCCCUUUGGGGAAGGCGCUCCUCUGCGCUCAGCAAUGCUCUCCGUGUCUGCAAAGGGCUGCAUGCCAGCAGGACAAUUUCUUCUGGGCGGGUUGCCCCAGUCUUUACGAGAGCCUUGGCCUUUGGGGAGAAAGUAGCCAUCGUCGAUGAGAAUGGGGAGCACACCUACAAGGACCUGUACACACAAAGCCUCCUCUUGUCCCAGAAACUCUGCCAGAUGCUGGGGUGCACCAGUGGAGACCUGAAUGGUGAGCGGAUUUCGUUCCUGUGUCCCAACGAUGCUUCCUACGUAACCGCCCAGUGGGCUGCGUGGAUGAGUGGGGGCACAGCCGUUCCUCUCUACAGGAAGCACCCUGCUUCAGAGCUGGAGUAUUUCAUUAAGGAUUCUCAGAGUGCUCUCCUGGUUGUAGAGGAAGGCUACGUGGAGAAGAUUGCGCCCAGUGCGGACAGGCUGAGGGUGCCCAUGCUGCUCCUUCCACAGUCUGGAAAGCGUCCGCCAGUUGAAGGAUCCUUGCUGGAAGCCAGAUGUCCCAUUUCAGAAUGGAAGGACAGGGGAGCGAUGAUCGUUUACACAAGCGGCACCACGGGGAGACCCAAAGGAGUCCUCAGCACCCACCAGAACGUCCAGGCUGUGAUUACUGGGCUGGUUGAUAAAUGGCAGUGGACGAAGGACGAUGUUAUUCUCCAUGUUCUGCCUCUGCACCACGUCCAUGGGGUGGUCAACAAGCUGCUGUGCCCACUCUGGGUGGGCGCCACGUGCAUCAUGCUCCCUGAAUUCAGUGCGCAGACGGUCUGGGAGCGGUUCCUGGACCCCCAAGCCCCCAGGGUCAAUGUCUUCAUGGCAGUGCCAACCAUUUAUGCGAAACUGACAGAGUAUUAUGACAAACACUUCCCUCAGCAUCAUGUCCGGGAUUUCAUCCGUGCCGUCUGCCAGGAUAACAUUCGGUUGAUGGUCUCGGGGUCUGCAGCCCUUCCGGUGCCCAUCCUGGAGAAGUGGAGGAGCAUCACGGGGCACACGCUGCUGGAGAGGUACGGGAUGACGGAGGUCGGGAUGGCCCUUUCCAACCCCCUGCACGGAGCCCGCGUCCCAGGGUCGGUAGGGACUCCGCUGCCAGGGGUGAAGGUUCGCAUCGCCACUGAGAGCUCGCAGCGGGAUGGCCCCACCUACACAGUCCACGCUGAAGGUGAUGAGCAUGGCACCCAGGUGACCCCGGGUUUGGAAGGCAAAGAAGGGGAGCUGUUUGUGAAGGGGCCUACUGUGUUUCGGGAAUACUGGAACAGACCGAAAGAGACCAGAGACGCCUUUACUCCGGAUGGCUGGUUCAAAACAGGUGACACAGCUGUGUAUAAGGAGGGCACCUACUGGAUCAGAGGCCGGACCUCGGUUGACAUCAUCAAAAGUGGCGGCUACAAAAUCAGCGCCCUCGAAGUCGAGCGCCAUCUGCUGGCCCACCCCAGCAUUGCCGAUGUGGCCGUGAUUGGGGUCCCGGACAUGACGUGGGGCCAGCGAGUCAGUGCUGUGGUGAAACUCAAGGAAGGCAAGACAUUGUCUCUCAAGGAACUGAAGGACUGGGCCAGGGAGUCCAUGGCACCUUAUUGUGUCCCCUCUGAAUUGCUCCUGGUGGAGGAGGUCCCACGCAACCAGAUGGGCAAAGUGGACAAGAAGCAACUUCUCAAGCAGUUCCACUCCUCCUAGCCACGGCGGCGAC